CCUGCUGCCACCUACCCUUGGCUUGGUCAAGUCGCCGUGCGCCGCCCACGCUGGAUAAUAUUGGCCGGCCCAUCACACGCAGACCAGUUCCCAUUUUUAUUGCUUUCUUUUUUCCUUUUUGCCCUUCUUUCCGUCUUCUUUUUGCGCCGUCCCCAUCCAUCCACAACCUCUGCAACCCGGUCUGAUCCACCACUUUUUCUGGGACAAUCCACAAGCACCCCCAGCCUCACACUCCCCCAUCUCCGAGCCUGCGGCCUGGGAAGGGAAAAAGAGACUUUCUAUGGCUGGCACCCGGUCCCCCCAUCCUUGCAAUGUACCUUUUUCUCACCAGGCCCAAGGUGAAGUCAAGGCAAGGCAUGCCAUGGCAUCCCUGCUGCCGCCAUAUGACGCAGCAGAAACAACUCCAACGCUAUUAUCGUUCCUUUGAGCCACACGCACCCACACGCUCAGGUUGACAAGACACAUACAUGCCAAUCCGCCCCGUUUGAUUUAUUAUUCCCUUGGUUCCAACAUGCCGACCAUGCCCAUGUUGCUUCCCUACGUACUAGCCCGAAAUUUUUCACGGGCCUCUCCACUUCCCCGUUUGCUUCCGCCCCUGGCACUUGAGCCUUGAUAUACCUUCCAGCUUCGCACCCCCUCCCGUCGUGCCCACCUCUGUUUUCUAUAUCAUCCCACGCUCAACUUUACCACCAUACCCAACACUACUCCCACCACCAUAGUUGAUAACCUGUUUGCAACCACCAUAAUCUCUCAACAACAACAACAACACCAUUAUCUCUCAUCUUCAUCUUCUAUCACCACCUUUCAAGAUGAUGCCCAUGACUUCGUACAUGGGCCCAAACCUCGUUGGCGGCCAUUCUCCCUUCAGGCAUGACGCCUUCCUCGACGACAUCUCAAGGCAAAUCAGCAUGUCUCAACAGACGAGGAGAUAUUCGCGCAGCUCCAACGGACAGCCUGCACACUCCCAUAGCCACAGCCACAGCCACAGCCAACACGCCGGCAACGCGAUGCGGGUAGUGAAGCCCUCUACCAGCGCAAACAACAGUCCGAGGUCGGCUCUCAUGCAGGCUAGGAGGAGAACUAUUGUCAACGAUGGUCUGCUGGCGAGGAGGAAUCAGCAACUACUGGAGCAGGCCCUGAUUCCUAGUCCCGCGGUCGAGACGACAUAUGUCGACCCCACGAAGCGGGCAAGCCGCCCCGUCAGCUGGCACCCUUCGACCCAGAUGGCACAGCUUCCGCAGCAGCAGUUUUACGCAUACCAGCAGCCCCAGCAGACGUCGCCUCUGACGCAAUAUCCUUUCCCCUCGUACAGCGAGGUCGACAUCUACACCCACUAUCAGCCGCAGUUUCCCCCGACGCCCGCGGCUUUCUCUGGAUACAGCUCCCCCACUGCCUUCUCGCCACUGUCGCUGCCCUACUCGACCUUCGACGCCCCCCAGUACACACUGAGGGACGAGUGGACCGCAGCCCCAGCCCGGCCAUCCAAGGCGGCCGUCUCGCCCACAUCCGACUGCCCGGAGCUGGAUGAGCAGAGCACCAAGGCACCGUCGAGCACUCUGUCCGAGGCCGCGGCGCAUUGGGCUGCCUUCACCCAGAACGGAUUCGAGAAGGACGCGGCCUCGCCCCCUACUCCGCAGACGUACCCGGUGGCCCUUGCCCCCGAGCCCGUCAUCUCGUCAGAGCAUAGCGGCUCUUACGGCCAGCUCGAGGAGGAGGAGGAAGAGGAGGAGGGGGAGAUUCUCAUUGGCAUGGGACUUUACGACCCGCCCGAGAAGCCCCUGACCGACUCGACCCUCGACGUCUACCACGCCUCUGUUUCCCAGCUCCUCGGCUCCUCCUACAACUGCCCCGAGCCCACGGGCAAGGGGCUGAAGCUCGAGGACGCAUGGGAGCCCCCGGUGAAGGAGGACGAUGACGAUGAGGAUGGCGACGAGGACGCCGAGGGUGAAGAGUCGGAGUAACUGGUGCAUAAAAACCAUCUCUUACCCGACGACCACACAUCAGAUGUUGCGGACCAUCGUUUCCGCAUCUGAUGUGUGUACAUCUUGGGAGCUCUGCUCUCACAACUCACUGUACAUAAAUCAUGACAUAAGCGUGCAUGGCGCAGCCGGCGAGCCGCCAAGGAAAGGUUCUGGAUUUAGCAUGGGCGGCGAAUACCUUUUUUUUUUUUCUUUUCUGCCUUUUCUUUUUCUUUUGGGACAACACUUUGGGAUACGGGAUUAUAUUGGCUGGCAACGGAUUGGACGGAUGAAUGGCUCGGACUCGAUACCCAAACAGCUGUUGGCAACAAAGGAGUUUUUGAUUAUAUUUUAUCCCUCAGGAUGGCUUCAUCGACGGCUGCAAUGGUUGAUAUCAUAAUUUUAUCGUGGGUGUCUGUCACAGUGAAACAUACGCGGCACCAAAAACAACAAAAAAUCAUACUAUGCGGUGGCUUGUUUGAUGGAGGCUGCGAUGGUCAGGAAGGAAUGAAAAAAAAAAAAAUGAAAAAAAAGGGGGUGAAAGAAAAAAAAAACUUGCGCAUCUGACACCUCACGGCACAAUCAUGUGCGCGCACCGCCCAUCAUGGAAGAUGCCAGGGCGGCAAUAGAGUGGAGGAGGGACGGGUGGGGUGGCUCGACACACGAGCAGCGGCGAGGUCCUGAAAGGGGAAACAGAAGGGGGAUGGGGGGGUGUGUAUCGGCGAUCCGGGUGAUUUUUUCUUUUUUGUUAUUGGAUCCUCCCCGUUGAAGCACGGGCCAGCAACCCGCGAUCUCUCCCGAAUCUGAGAUGGGAAGAGCAAGCGGGCCCCCUGGGCUGUGGGAAAGACAGUUGCCAAGGAUGGGCGAAGGGGGGUGUGAGUGUGGGCGUGAACUGUGGAUGUGG